GGUACCUACUUAAAUUGCAUGCUUAUUUUACUACAGCAGUCAAAAUAGAUUUUCAUUUUUUGGUGGUGGUGACCUCGCUGUUGAGACAAGUUAUAUGUAGGUAAUAAUUCUAACAAACGGUGAGGGAAAACAUCCUGAGGAAACCUGGAAUCGGAUAUCGCCAACCCGCAGACAGAGAUCAGCGCUGAACCCGUCCCUAUAAGGGCGAAGACGCCUGAUUCUAGCAGUGGGACGUACCUAUGAAAGGCGCCAUUACUUGAUCCAGCUUAAAAAAUGGCACUUGCAGCGCGACACUGGGCUCUAGUUACAUUUGUAGUAAUUGCCAUCAUAAUUCCCACAUUUAUUGCUCAACCACCAACAGCACAUGAUGCAAUAGAGAAAGACCGAGCUGCUAGACAAACAGCGAUUAAAGCUGGUAAAAGUAUUGCUUUAGCUCCAAAACGAGGAUUUUUUGGAACCAUUUUCCAUGUUAUAUUGGAGCAAAUCAACGACACCAAAAGCGCUUACAAUCAAAUAUCAGAAUUAGUUAACAAUCAAUUUGCCGAUGAUAAUACCGUGACAGCACCUCCGGAUCCAUCAAACAAUGGAACUACAGAGACACCUAAAAUAACAAGAGCAGAGUUCCUAAGAAUACUUGACCGUAAUCUCAAAGGACUGAAUCGACUUCGUAAUCUAGAAUGGCGAGAAGCUAAAAAGGAUUCAGCAGCGAAUUUGAAAGCCUACAAGGACGAAAUAUUUCGAGCAAAAAAAGCUAGAAACACGAGGUAGCAUAAUGAAUAGUGGAGAGUUUAACA